UAUAUAAAAGACUAAGGCCUGAGCGUGCAAAUCCACUUAGCGGUGGAUUUCUGAGAUCUCUCGGGUCUCGGAACACGUCAAACUCAUCCCUCACUAUGGGACUCCGACCUCCCUCCGUCUCUUUCUCCUGCACCAGUGCCAGCCCCCGGCAUGCCCUACACACGCUGCUGCUGUGUUUGCUCCUGACCACACUGAUGCCCCCCACCAGCGGAGAAACUGGAAGAGCAGGCGGUAAGAAGUUCGUUGAACUUCGCUGCCUGUGUUUGACGACGGUCUCUGGCAUUCAUCCCAGUCGCAUCCAAAAUUUGAGCGUGAUCAGAGCCGCAGCGCACUGCGCCCAAGUCGAAGUGUUAGCCACACUGACGGAUGGGAAGAAAGUCUGCCUGGACCCCGAAGCCCCCCUAAUCAAGAAAAUAGUCCAGAAAUAUUUAGAAGGUGAUAGGCCAGUUAAUUAGCUUGUUUGCUUUCUGUCAAAUCUUUCCAUUUCCCAGAAAGGACAAGAUGCUUUUAAGUCUGGACUUUCUAGAGUUCUUGUUUAUCCAGAAAACCUAUUUAUACUGCAUUAAAAUUUGGAUGUUUUCCACUCCAUCUCAAAUAGUCACAUUUUAUUCUGAGGCCGAUCACUAGACAGCAGAGAGAUGAUGAGAGAAAGCCUAGUUUCAAAGUAUAUUAUUUGGUUUAUCUCCCUAACUCUUGGGUAACAUGGUAGUCUGUUUUACAACUCUUAAAAUUUUCUUUGAAAAUAGAUUUGUGAACAUUUAUCCUGCUGUACUUCACUGUGAAACUAGACAUGCCAUGAGUAUAAACUUCAGUGGUAAUUGGCAAUAGGAAUCACAAAGGACUCAGCCUAGAGCAUUUGUUUAAUAAAUGUUUGCUAAUACUUUUCAGAACUUAAUAGAGCAUGCAAUUAUUUAGUCCCAAGUGUCUUGUCCCAACACAUCCCCUGUAAGAAUCUAAAGUUAAUUAGUCCUCAAGC